AUUUAUUUUAUAUCAUAAACAAUUUUUUUUUAUUUUAAUUCUUUACUUAUUUUUUUGUGCAAAUCGUAUUUACAACAAAAACGCGUGUAACAUAAUUUUAUAUUAUAACGUUUGUGCCAAAUAGCGAAGCGUUGGUCCCUUAUACUCAGCUAAAUUAUUCAUUUGGGCAAUUACAACAAACCACAAUAACUACGGCACGAGUACAUUGAAAUUCAUCCGUGUACUAUUCAGGCACGUACAAAAAUUUCAAAUGGCAAAAAACAAUAAGCAAUGUUUUGAAUUUGACCGAACCGAUCGAUUACGCAGAACGAUAUUCCUUGAAGACUCCUCUGAGGACGAAUUGUUUGAAUACAAUAACAAAACGAAAAUAAGGGAGGAUAGUUGGAAUAAACCACCUACCAGUUUAAUAAAACCAAAAACAAAAGUCAAAGUUGGAGGCCGUGCUGAUUCCUUACCUAUAUCUAUAAAGCAAGUUAAAGUUAUUAAAAAAAGAAAACCAUUAGUUGAUCGUUUGACCACCGUUAAAGCGUCUAACGUGAAACCGAAAGAAGUGGAACCAAAUAUUAUUAAAAUCGAAAAUAAUAAACAAGUGAUUAAUAAUGCGUCAACAAAAACCAAACGACAAGUAUAAAUUUAAUUUAGUCACUUAAAAAAAAAAUGUAAUAAUAAUAAAGUCAAUAUGAAACUUGUGAUUGUUCAACCAAUA